AACUAUAAAUACCGUCCUCCGAAACCCGUUCUAUCAUUCUGCGUUCGUCAAACUGUUCUUUGAAUCGAUCGCCUUUUAACUCUCUCAAGAUGCAAAUCUUCGUUAAAACCCUAACCGGCAAGACCAUCACCCUUGAGGUCGAGUCUUCUGAUACGAUCGACAACGUGAAGGCGAAGAUCCAGGAUAAGGAAGGAAUUCCUCCGGAUCAGCAACGUCUGAUCUUCGCCGGCAAGCAACUCGAAGAUGGCCGUACCUUGGCCGACUACAACAUCCAGAAGGAGUCGACCCUUCACCUGGUCCUCCGUCUUCGUGGUGGCAUGCAAAUUUUCGUCAAGACACUGACCGGCAAGACCAUUACGCUUGAGGUCGAGUCGUCUGAUACCAUUGACAACGUGAAGGCGAAAAUCCAGGAUAAGGAAGGCAUUCCCCCGGACCAGCAGCGUCUUAUCUUCGCCGGAAAGCAACUUGAGGAUGGCCGUACCUUGGCCGACUACAACAUCCAGAAGGAGUCGACUCUCCACCUGGUACUCCGUCUUCGUGGUGGUAUGCAAAUCUUCGUCAAGACCCUGACUGGUAAAACCAUCACACUCGAGGUCGAAUCCUCUGAUACCAUCGACAAUGUCAAGGCCAAGAUCCAGGACAAGGAGGGGAUCCCCCCGGACCAACAAAGGCUUAUAUUCGCCGGGAAGCAACUAGAGGAUGGUCGUACCCUUGCCGAUUAUAAUAUCCAGAAGGAGUCGACCCUCCACCUUGUGUUGCGUCUUCGUGGUGGUAUGCAGAUUUUCGUCAAGACGUUGACCGGCAAGACCAUCACCCUAGAGGUGGAAAGUUCGGACACCAUUGACAACGUCAAGGCUAAGAUCCAGGACAAGGAGGGAAUCCCACCAGACCAGCAGAGGCUGAUCUUCGCCGGAAAACAGCUGGAAGAUGGAAGGACUCUGGCUGACUACAACAUCCAGAAGGAGUCAACCUUACACUUGGUGCUCCGUCUCAGGGGUGGGAUGCAGAUCUUCGUGAAAACCUUGACAGGGAAGACCAUCACCUUGGAGGUGGAGAGCUCUGACACGAUUGAUAAUGUGAAAGCAAAAAUUCAGGACAAGGAGGGCAUCCCUCCGGAUCAGCAGAGGCUGAUCUUCGCAGGGAAGCAGCUGGAGGAUGGAAGGACCCUCGCUGAUUACAACAUUCAGAAGGAGUCCACUCUUCACCUCGUCCUGCGUCUCCGUGGUGGUUUUUAGACGGUGUUGUUGUCGGUUUGGGCAUUGUGCUUCUCUUCUUGAAUGCUUUCUAAUAUGUUAAACAGCGGCCAGUAGGCCUUAUUAUUGCUGUCAAAUAAAAUCGAUUUCUCAAAAUGUUGUGUUUGUGUUUAUAUGGAUUGUACUUGUUUCCAAUGAAAUGAACUUCCGAAUUGUGCAUU